AUGGGGUUACAAUUUAUGAACACAAAAGAUAGUACUGAUCUAGAUCCCAAUACAUCUAAAAGAUUAUCAUUUACUAGUCCAUUCCAUGAAGGUACUAAAAUAUUCAAAAAUAUUCAUUCGUUAUUGAAAUCGUCAUCAAAAAAAGAUAGUCAAUCUCCUUUACAAGAGAAAGAUGCUAAAGAUAAAAUGUACAUUGACGAUGAUUCAAUUAGUGAUGAAUUAUUAAUUGCAUCCCCUUCCAGAAAUAAAUCAAAGAGUAAGUUAAAUUAUAAAACAGUAGAUCGAUUACCUUUACAUGAUAUCUCAGACAGUGUUAUUAACACUUUGGCUAAUAUGGAUAGAUCACAACGAUACGACGAUGAACAAUCUCUGGAUAAACAUAUAUUGAAUUUGAAAAUAGAUAAUCCAUUAAAUGCUCCACUUUUAUCUAGUUUCAAUUCUCUAGGAUCUAAUACCAAUACAGUUAAUAGAAAUAAUAGUGCCAACCAUGAUAGUUAUUUUGAUAGUGACGAUUUGAUUGUCAAUAAUAUAACUAUAAGUUUACCAAAUAAACAAGAUAACAGAAUCUUGAAAACCAGAUCAAAUUCAUUAAGAAGAAUACAAUCUACUUCUUCUCACAAAGAUACAGAGAAUCAUUGCCGUUCAAAAUAUCCAGCAAGAAAAAGAAAUAAUUCGAUGGCCAUUGAGGUAAAAAAUUUAUAUGGAAAGGUGACUCUAAACAACACACAAAAGCGAGAUAGGAUAUCUAAUAAUAAAGUAGAAUAUGAAACUACAAAUAUAACGGCCGAGGGCCCAAGUAGUCUAUUUGAUUCUGUAUUAAGUGAAUCAAAUAUACUGUUUUAUCAUAAUAAUGAUAAAAAUACUAAAGACAAUUUCCCACGCAUUUCUCCUUCAACACUUAACGAGAUCAUUGAUAAUAAAAUAUACGAGCCGCAUUAUCAAUCCUACAUUAUAAUUGACACAAGAUUCAGCUACGAAUUUUUUGGUGGUCAUGUAAAAAAUGCAUUAAAUAUUUCAACGAAAGACGAUAUUGAGUGGGAAUUAUUAAAUGAAUCGCGAAUAAAAUCAAAUGCAAAUCAGAAACCAAUACUAGUGAUCUUUCACUGUGAAUUUAGUUGUUUCAGGAGUCCUAUUUUAGCUUCUCACCUAAGAAAUUGUGAUAGAAUAUUAAAUUUUGAAAGCUACCCAUCAUUAUUAUAUCCUGAUAUUGUAAUUUUAGAUGGUGGAUAUAAAUCAUUUUUUGACAAGUAUUCGCUUCAAUGUUUUCCUUGUAACUAUAUUUCUAUGGAUUCACAAGAAAAUGUUGUGAAUCGAGGCCAAGAAUUACACAAAUUCAGGUCUGAGUCAAGGAAAGUUGUAUCCAGAAGUAAUUCAUUAUACAGAUUAUCAUCAAUAUCAAGAUCAAAUUCAGCUUUGAGAAAUUCCACAUCACAUAAUAAUAACAGGGCUGAAUUUUCGAAAUCAAACUUAUUCAUAGCAAAAACUGAAGAUUGCUCAGUAAACCCAUUUCAGGUCAAUUUUAAACCCCCUCCACCCAGGUCAAUAUUUACAAAGGGUAGUUCAUACUCUUCAAAAGAGAGUAUUUAUAAUUCAUCACCCACUAGCAGAUCAUCGUUUUAUUCGAUAUUAGAUAGUGCUAAUGAUCUUUCUGUUUUUAAUCAAAACAAACCAGAAGAUACUGAGGACAAUUUUUUUGCAGAAGAAAUGCCAAUCUCAAGCGGCACCAACGAAGCAUCGUUAACUCUACAUGAGGCAGAUGAAAGAGAUUUAACGGUUUGCUUAGAAGAGCAAUGA